UCGUAGCAUGUGACUUGUAGCUUACUGCGAAAAAAGCGUUUUCUAUAGGCAAUUUCCACACCCUGUGCCACCCACAUCAUGUUGUUUACGAAGACCACUGGUUCACUUUAAUGUAGUGCAUGCAAACUUGAAAAAGUUCACGCCACAUGAAGGAAAAAAAGAAAAGACGGGGCGGAGAGGAGGGAGGUGCAGGGGAGAACUGAGAGUACCAUGGAGCCACUUCAUACAUACCGCUCCCUUUAGGCACAGAGUGCACUUGUUCUGUUGUUGCACUUGUUCUAUCAGAGGCUGACAUAGAAGAAACCGCAAACACGACAAGGACAUAACUUGCCAACAUGAGCCUUACUCGAGUCUCACGUAGCGACUCAUUAGAACUUCAUGAGGGGGUCGACAACGCCGCAUUUCAAGAAGACGGGGGUCGCGCUGAUUCUGAGAAAACCGAUGGACAGGUUGCAGCUGACUGUCCCUCGUCUAGUUUGAACCUCGACGGAGCGGAAAGUUCCUAUACCCAGAUAAAACCGUAUGCGGGGAUGUCAAAAGAGGUGCUGCUGCUGUAUUCCCGCCAGGCUCGUUACAGGCUGCCCCGGGAGAUCCUUUUCUGGCUGGUCAUUGUAAGCACGCUUGUCUUGCUCGCGGUUAACAUCACAGUCAUCGCGUUAUCGCCGCGGUGCCUGAGCUGGUGGCAAUCCUCUCCUGUCUACCAGAUAUACCCACGCUCCUUCAAGGAUUCCAACAACGAUGGCAUCGGAGACCUGAAAGGCAUCCAGGAUAAACUGGAUCAUUUGAAUUACCUGAACAUCAAGGCUAUCUGGAUUAGCCCGUUUUACAAAUCUCCAAUGAGGGACUUCGGCUAUGAUGUGGAAGACUUCCGUGACAUCGAUCCCAUUUUUGGAACCAUGAAAGACUUCGAUGAUCUUCUUGUAUCUAUGCACGACAAAGGGUUGAGGUUGAUCAUGGACUUCAUUCCCAACCACAGCAGUGACAACCACGUGUGGUUCCAGAACAGUCGCAGACGCGAGGAACCCUACACUGAUUACUACGUCUGGGCCAACUGCACCCGAGACAAGCUUCCCAACAACUGGGUGAGCGUGUUUGGGAAUUCCUCCUGGACGUAUGACUCAGUCCGAGAGCAAUGCUAUUUGCACCAGUUCCUGAAGGAGCAGCCCGAUCUGAACUUCCGAAACCCGGACGUCAGACGAGAGAUGACGGACAUUAUUCGUUUCUGGCUGGACAAGGGCGUUGAUGGAUUCCGCAUGGAUGCAGUCAAGCACAUCCUUGAAGCACCGCACCUGCGAGACGAACCCCAGGUGAACGCCAGCCAACCCCCAGAACAGGUGAACACCGAGUUUGAGCUCCACCACGACUACACCUACACCCAGGUGGGCCUCCACGACAUCCUGAGGGGCUGGAGGGCCGAGCUGGACACGUACAGCCGAGAGCCAGGGCGCUACAGAUUCAUGGUGACAGAGUCUUACGACUACGAGGAGAUCGACAAGACCAUGAUGUACUACAGCACAGACUUCGCGAGGGAGAGUGACUUCCCCUUCAACUUCUACCUGAUGGACCUUCCCCAGGGCCUGUCUGGCGCCAGGGCACAGGAGCUGGUCAGUCUGUGGAUGACCAACAUGCCCCGGGGACAGUGGCCCAACUGGGUGGUGGGGAACCAUGAUAAGCCGCGCAUGUCGUCCAGCGUGGGGAAGGAGUACAUCAGCGCCAUCAACAUGAUGAUGCUGACUCUGCCUGGUACGCCCACCACCUACUACGGCGAGGAGAUCGGCAUGGAGAACGUCCACAUCCACAUCGAGGACAUCCAGGAUCCCUUUGGGAAGUUUGACCCGAAUGCCAGCCGAGACCCCCAGAGGUCACCCAUGCAGUGGAGCAGCGAGCCCAACGCGGGAUUCAGUGGAAACGGGACGGGCACCUGGCUACCCAUACACCCCAACUACACCACCGUCAACGUGGAGGCCCAGAAGGGGAACGACAGCUCGGUUCUGGAGCAGUACCGGCGCCUGAGCCUGCUGCGGGAGUCGGAGAUGGCGCUGCACCGAGGCUGGAUGUGUUUCGUGUGGAGCGACGUGGACGUCUUCGUGUACCUCCGGGAGCAGGACGGCCUGGACAGGGCCUUCCUGGUUUUGAUCAACCUGGGCCGGAACGCCACCACGGACCUCUCCUCCAUCUCGGGCCUUCCGGAGCACUUCCGCGUGCACACCAGCACCGUUCCGAAGAAUCAGGGGAGGAGCUACGACAGGGCCGCUGUUCCCACGAAGAAGGGCGAGGGGCUGCUGCUCGAGUUCUCGUCCAAUCAGAGGUUCCACACAAGCCAUGCCUCCAGCUGCUACAUCUCAGAGAGGGCAUGCUACCUGAACGUGCUGGACAUCAUGUACAAGUGCUGAGUGUGUCUGUGUCUGUGUGUGUGUGUGUGUGUGUGUGUGUGUGUGUGUGUGUGUGUGUUUGUGUGUGUGGGGCUUUCAGGCCAGAGUACUAACCAAAAUAAUGAAGCAAAGAAUAGAUGUUUGUUUAAGUGCCAAUAUAUUUAAAAAAAGAAAACUUCAUUAAAUGUAUACUUUUCA